CGUCGUGUAUCUUAUUAUUACGUUGUAUUACGUGAUUUGUAAGUAUAUACAUAUACAUGUAUACCCAAUGCGAUAAUUUUGCCACGUUUGACGAGAAAUUUGUUUCUCGUUUUUGUAUUAUUUUUUUCUUUCGAGUAAUUUCGAUACGUUCGUUACGUCAUCGACGGGAGAGAUAAGGUCUUACGCACAGGAUUGGAUAUAUUUUAAAAUAAAAACACGCGUCUCGUAACUUGUUAUUAACAAAUUAAUGAACGGGUUGCGCUCCGGGCUGUUUGUAUAAUAUGCAUUGAACGAGUACAAAAAUUGAUACGCCGAAAAUUCACAUUUCGUUCAGCGAAUAUGAAAGUUUGACGAUCGCUCGUAAUUCGCAGAGAUCGUUUUGUUGAUUUAUUUUUUAUACUUGUUUCAUACACCGCGCGGCGUGUAAUAAUUGGUUAUACGAUCGGAAAAUAACGUCGGGUUUUCAACACCUGCGGAUAACGCGGUUAUUUACAUUUAACCGUGUUGAUUAUUGAGGCUGAUAGUUCGUUUCAAAGAAACUUAAUUAAUUAAACUAGUUUGCUAUGUGACCCCGUAAUGCUGUACCGCACCGCACGCUAUAAAUCUGAUAUAAUCCGCCUCUGUCCGACAAACUUGAUAAAUUCGAAAUUAUAUUCAGAAUUUAUCGGUGCUCGCGGUAGAAAAAACGAAGAGCAAAAUUCCAGUCUCGAAAUUUAAUAUUUUACAUUUACAUCGGGAAUUUUGCUCGGUAAAAAUGAUAAAAAAAUGUCCCACAAGAUUCCCCAUUUCGACGUUACGUUUUUCCGACGUCCGUUUCUUUGUCGUCGGGAAAAAAAUAUUUAUUCAUUCGCGGGUCGUAGAAUCAAUGCUGAAAAAUAAUAGGAAAGGAUGUCCUCACAUGAUUUUUAUUUUUAAUUUAUUUAAAUAUUUCCGCCACAUUUAACGUUGUUCAAUUGUUUGAAAUCGUCGUAGUUCGUCGGGUUAGCGUGGGCGCCCCAGCGGCGACAAUCUUGGCACGCACCAUUUGCUAACAGCCAUUGUACGAGUUUGGUGGUCCGCGCGUCGUGUGCUGAAUUAAUCAAUUUAUUAACUCUUAAAUAGAUUUUUCGACCUCGAUACCUGAUUCAUACAUUAUUUAAAGAAUCGCGAUCGACGAAGAUCGACAAUUACCGUGAAAAUACAAUAAUCAAUCGACUAAUUUCGGGGUAAAAUAUUAGCUCGAAAAAAUAUUUUCGAACGGAAUUGUUACGGCGCAGGGUCACGUGACUACCCACAAGCCCCUGCAGUUAUAAACAAUCGUUCGAAAAGUGACUAUCGCGGUGGGCCAGUAACGUUCUCUGAUCAAAUCGUAAGUUUUAACAAUGUUCUCCGCUUCUGAAAAGUGAUAUUGUGCUUCGUCGGGAGAAUGAAACACCGCAAUUCGCCUGUGUUUGGAUUUAGCCGCAUUCGACCUAUUCCAAGGACGUAUCAAUUACGGAACCUGCCUCGACGUGCUUGUGCUUCGGGUCUCGUGUUCCCGGCUAACAAUAAGUAAGGUAGCGUGGCAUUUUUAUCAUCUUGUUCCCCAUUCCGAAUUAUUAGGAUUUUGGCCGUGAUGGCUUUGCCUACGCAUCACGACUGGCGGUACCAGCCCUUGAUCUACGCAGCAAUCAUUACGUUGUAAAUACGUGAGUUGUGUCGGCCGACGCCGACCCCCAUGGGAAUCACGCGGGGCUUCCAGAAUUUUCUUUUAGCCAACGGGGAGAGAGCAAUUCAUGGUGAGUCGAAUGUUCUCGAUUGUUGUAAAAUUUUCGUUGAUGAAUAUUUGCGCACUGAGGCUGUCGGCAUCCCUCUCCGAUACGAACAUACGCUGUGAGUAUUUUCUACGUUUUUACUUUUUUUUUUUUUUAUCGCAACGCACUACAAUCGCCGCGUGUAUUAAUUUGAAGUGUUUUUUUUCACAGGAGUUGGACAUCGCUGAUCGUUUUGGAUUUCCCUUGCCCUGAUUUCACCCGGGAUGCUGACGUCCCCCCUGGGUAUCAUCCCGAGGGCAUCUCCCUCUGAUCUGCGUGGGAAUUGCGACGUACGUCGUGUAGGAUCUUCUUCCUCCCCGAUGGGCCUUACGAUGCUGACCUUCCUGGACGUCAUCCCUUCGAACGAUGGGGUAUCUACCUUUGAUCGACGUGGGAAUUGAGACGUUGUGUCGGAUCUUCUUCUCCGGAUGUAGCUCAGGAUGCUGCCCCCCCCUCUGGACAUCGGCUGGUGAUGUUACCUCUCCCAAAACGUACAUUCGCUGUGAGUAUCUUCUGGAGUUUAUUUUAUUGCAGCUCAUUAAAAUUGCAGUGAAAAUUAAUUGUACUUGUUUCCUCAGAGCAGUUCAACGUUGUACAUCGUUUCGGACUCUCUCCCUCCCCUAUUCGACUGCGGACGCUGAUCCCCCUGGAAAUUAUGCAGAUGCAAGUUUUCCAGGAUCAAUUGGGGGAAAUCAACCUACGGUGGUGCCUUUAGAGCCGGAUGCGCCUUUUAAUGGAUUUAUACCGAUAGAUGAACUGGAUAUAACGUAUAGUCGUAGCAGCGGACCUGGAGGUCAGAAUGUUAAUUGCGUAAACACAAAAGUAGACCUCAGAUUCAACAUUCAAAAAGCUACCUGGCUGAAUGAUGAACUCAAACCAAAGCUACUGGAAAAAUAUAACACUAAGAUAAACAAAGAAGGAUAUCUUGUGAUAAAAUCAGAUGUGACUAGAUCGCAGCAAUUGAACUUAGCUGACGCUAUGGAAAAACUCAGAACCAUGAUCAGAGCUGUUGCAAUACCUGAGCCACAGAUUUCUGAAGAAACUGAAGAAAAAUUAAGGAGACGUCACCUCAAAGCCGUACGAGAACGGCUUAUCGCCAAGAGGAAAAGAUCCGAUAUAAAACAGAGCAGACAAAACCAUGAUGUGGACUUCUAAGUCUUCUUUUUUACCUGUUUUCCAACCCGUACCUCGUUCCAUAAUUUAAUGUACAGUUUCAGCCAAAAUAAAAUACAGAGAAAUCUGUACGCCCCGAUAGAUUGAUAUGAUAGAAAUUGAAGUACGGGGUGGAUAAUAGUAAAUAGUUGCCAACGUAUGAAUUAAAAUUAUUUUUAAACAGUA